CUGAAGUGCCCUGUCGCUUCAAGACUAUAAAAGAAAUGGAUUGUCUAUUUCUUCAUCACUUUCAGUCUUUAAACAUUGUGGUCACUAUUACUCCACAUAAUUAAUAAUGUAUUUUCAAAAGCAGACAUUCUGUUUACUCCUAAUCCUGAAAAUGACUAUUGCCACCAUCGGAGAUUCUGGACCCGAAGACCAUGGAGAAAGUCAUGGAUGGGAAGAUUUUAAGCCAUCAACAUACGAAUACACAUAUGAGGGACCGCAUAAAAUAGAACAAACGAAACCAGUAAAUAUAGAGGUGAUCAAGAAGACAGGAGUACCACAACCUCACCCAGUCAAAAUUCCUGUACCGCAAGUGAUAAAAGUUCCCGUUCCACAACCGUACCCUGUUCAAGUAUCUGUACCACAUCCCGUAGCCGUUCCAAUUUAUAAGUUGGUACCUCAAGAAAUCGAAAAGAAGAUCCCAAUUCACGUUAAUAAGUUGGUACCAGUUUACAUUAAGAAACCUUAUCAAGUUAUUAUGGAAAAACAUUAUCCUGUAUAUGUUGACAAACCGUAUCCCGUACACGUACCUGUUUACAAACAUGUGUAUCAAGAAGCCAAAAAGAGCCAUAGUGGAUUCGACAAACACCACCACCACCACCAUUAGGUUCUUGAUGAACGUUGUUGUUAUGAAUAUGUGAUCUUUUUUUUUGUUGAUG